AUGAAUGUAUUUGAUAAAAUACAACCAAAUUCUGGUUCUGUUCCGCCACCAUCAUCAAAUACAACUAAACGACCAAAAUCAUUGGCUGCCAUGCUAUCUCGUAACCGUUCUUCCACUUCCAAAUUUGAUAAUUUAUCAACAACAAUAACAAACAAUGAUGAUGAUUCGAAUAAUACUGCUAAUACUACUUCUGAAACCAAUAAUAAUACUACUACCACUCCUAUCAAUGAUGACGACAAUACUGCCUCUCCCUCCAUCACAACAAACACCACCAAUACGACAACACCUACCUAUACUCCUACUACUCCUCCACCACCUCCGCCUGCUGCAUUGAAACAACGACGAAUUUCAAUGGCUGCCUAUACUCAAAAACCUUCAACAACAACAAUUAAUACUGCCAAUGAUGAUAAUAAUAAUGAUAAUAAUAUCAAUUCACCACCAUCCAUAACGACCACUUCAUCCUCCGUAACAAAUAUUGAUAUUACUAAUAAUAAUACUACUCCAAUGGAUCUCUUAACAACAAUAGAUUGUAAACAAAAUAAUAUUGAAGUUGGUAGUAGCUCUGUUCCUAGUACUCCAACCACCACCACUGGUAGUAAUGUCAGUACUCCAACUGGUACUAAACCAACUACUGCAACUGCAACAGCAGGUAAUAGAAAAUCACAAAAACCAGCUGAAGUUUUGAAUCCACAAGAUUUUUAUAGUGUUGAUCUUUCACAAUUGACUUAUACACCUGAUCCAGAUUCGAGUAUUGUCAUUCAAGAGAAUCAAAUUGAACAUGCUUCAUUGAAUAAGUUGAUUGAAGAAUUGACAAGUCACACUAAUUAUGAUAUUCACUUUUUGCAUACAUUCAUGUUAACAUUCAGAAACUUUACUGAUAAGGAAACAAUUCUUAAAAAACUUGAAGAGAGAUUUAAUUAUCCACCAAAUUGUCCACCUGAAGAAUUUGCAACAUUUAAACGUGAAAUUCUUGAUAAGGUUAGAUUGAGAAUUAUCAAUUCAAUCAAAUAUUGGAUUGAAAACUUUUUCGUUUUCGAUUUUGAUAGUGAAAUGAUGCAAUUCUUAUCAAAAUUCAUUGAAAUGGUUAGAAAGUCAAAUCAAAAUGCUCUCGCCAAAGUUAUUGAAAAUACUUUAGAACGUGUGAAGAAUAAUGACUCUGGUAAAGUUAUUACAAAGGUUGAAUGUCCAGAAAUUUUAAAGUUAAAGAAGAAGGUUUUCAGUAAGAAAAAGACUUAUUCCAUUCUUGAUUAUCCAUUACAAGAAGUAGCACGUCAAAUGUCAUUAAUCGAUUAUACCAUGUUUAAAAAGAUUGAACCUAAGGAAUGUUUGAAUCAAGCCUGGAAUAAGGAACACCGUGUAACUAAAGCUCCAAAUAUUUCAAGAAUGAUUCAACAUUUCAAUCAAUUUUCAGGUUUUGUUGCAACUGAAAUUUUAAAACAAGAAGAUCAUGAAAAACGUGUUAAAUGUGUUGAAAAGUUUAUUGAACUUGCCAAUCAUUGUAAAGGACUGAACAAUUUCAAUGCUGUUUUCAGUGUCAUGUCAGGUUUGAACAGUUCAUCUAUCCAUCGUCUCUCAAAGACAUGGGAAGCAAUUAGUGAAGAAGCUAAAAAGACUCGUGAAGAAUUACUUUCCAUUACAAAUACUAAUGGUAACUUUGCAAACUUGAGAAAUAUGCUUAAAACUGUUAAUCCACCAUGUGUACCAUAUAAUGGUGUAUUCUUAACAGAUUUGACAUUUAUUGAAGAUGGUUCACCAAAAUAUAUUAAUGGUCUCAUCAAUUUUGGUAAAUGUAGAUUAUUUGCAAAGGUCAUUCGUGAUAUUCAAACCUAUCAAAAUACCAGAUAUAACUUUGAAGAAUAUAAGGAAUUGAAAGAUCAAAUUGAAGCUGUUGAAAAAUUAUCUGAUGAUGAAUUAUUUAACAUGUCACUUCAAGUUCAACCAAGAGCUCAAAAGAAGAAGAAGGUUGCUACAUCAACUGCAAAUGCAUCAGCUUCAUCUUUGAAGGAAGACGAUGAAGAAAAUGAAAAGAAACCUGAAAAGUUAGAUUUUUAAUUCAUUUUCUCUCAGUUGACUAGCACCACUAAGAAGAAGAAGAUUUCUCAAAGUUUGUAUUUUUAUUAAAAAAACUCAUUUGAAUUGUUUUC